AUUAUAUCCUGAUUUUGUUCUUUUGAGAUUGGACUGAGCAUUUACUUCCGUUUUACUUUAUUUUGCGGUUUUACUGAUGCGUUCUAUAGAAACAUUGCAAAGCUAUACACGUUAUUUAAUUGUUUAAUCAUUUGUUUAAUGGUGCAAUAAAGAUGAAAGACAAGGGAAAAUCUGUUACAUGAUUUUUUUAGCUGUUUAUGAACAAAAUGACUCUCAAAAAAUUGCUGCUCAAACUUUUAUUUUUCAUUACUUCUAUCUUAUUGUUUACUGUCAUUUUUAACCACGUCAUGGAUACAGGCUCGAAAGAUCAUUUGAACUACCAUACUCUGAAAUUGACCAUGAAUAACAGUUUCAAGCCAGGGCCGAUUUAUGCCGAUAAUGAGCAAUCCAAGUAUCGUAAUUUGAGUUCAUCAAACAGUUCGACCGAGAAUUACUUGGACUCUCUAGAGCUCAAAAAUGUUGUCCCAGAUUUCGCAUUCGUUAGCAAAAGCUGUGACAACAAUUUGGACAUGAAGCAAUGGGCACCUGCGUCUGUAAAGGCGAAAAUCUGCCUGUUCCCACUUAGCAAAGAUAGAUUUGUGAGUCAUUCCAUCAAACACUACGGCAACUGGGAGACUGGAAUUCAGAAACACAUAUUUUCCCAAGUGUUCCCCCUAUUCCCAAAGGCUGCCUUUGUCGACAUUGGAGGACACUUAGGCACUUUCAGCAUAUCAGCGGCAAAACUGGGUCGACAAGUGUUUACUUUUGAGCCAGUCAAAGAGACCUUGGAGUACCUGGCAACAUCAGUAAGGGUGAACUCACUCCAGCAGAGCAUGCACGUGUACCCUGUCGCACUGAUGGACCAGAGGUACAUGUGUGUACACUCAAAGGACAACCCCACCAAUUCAGGGGGUAGAGCUGUCAGAAUAGAGUACGAUCAGUGUAGUCCCCAAUCCUCCAAAGCUGCCACAUUGGAUGAUCUGCUCCCCAUUUUCCAGAGAUUAAACUUAUCAGAAGCUAUCUUGAAAAUGGACUGCGAGGAGUCCGAACCUUAUGCAGUCCUCGGAGGACUCAAGUUUUUCCAAGAGAUCUCAGUUCCUUUCAUCGCCAUGGAAUUUUCCGCAAUCAAGGACAGAAUGAAAAAAGGAAACGACCGCAAGUAUGAUCUAAUAGCUGAGAAGUUUCUAGAACAAAUGGAGAAAAUGAACUACGUUCCGACGCCUGUCGGAGGAGAUCUGGCAAGGAAUCUGACAAAAGUGAACCAUUUCAAGUGGCCUUCGGAUAUAAACUGGGUUAAAGUAGCCAAAAAACUUAAUUGAACAAAAAAAUAAGGUCAAUGUUUCCGAUCAAGAUCGUAGUUCGAAGUGCUGAAACUUAAUCCAUAAACUGAUUUGGUGGAGCUAAAAUUAUAUUAUUUUGAGUUUUACAUGCCUUCUUAGAUGCAAAAAACUGCAGGUUAUAUUUUUUUGUGAUUGUUUUGUUUUCAUAAAUUUUAAUGAAAAGUUUUGCUUUUGAAUAAAAAUCAAAGUGUUAAGAACGUUUUCUUCCAGUUCUUAAGGC